UAAAGAUGCACACCCCAUUAUUUAUAUCUACGCAUAUAAUAUGGUGGCGCGUACCGCGAUAUCAUAAUAUAGUGCAAUAUAAGAGUAAUCUUCAGCGAGCGGGAAAAUCGUGAAUAUCUUUUACGAUGACCAACGAAAGAUUAUGAUCUUUGUACUUUUAUUGUAAAAGUAGUCGCGUCACCAUUUCGACUUUAAUUUCAUUAGUCGAAUGCCACGUGAAACAUGUUUCGUUUAUCCACAAUAUAUAACAAAACACUGGUUAAUCGUGAAGGAACACGAUUUUCAUUACAUAUCGCAAGGAACACUUUAACAUCAAAUACAUCAGAUGAUUAUCAAUACAUACAAAUGAGUAAAGUUCCUUCUAUGCAUUUUCAACCAUCUUUACCUCGUUUACCAAUUCCUAAACUUGAAAGUUCAUGUAAAAAGUAUUUAAUUGCACAGCAACCUCUUAUAACACAACAAAAAUUAUGUGAUAUUGAAUCUUUGAUUAAGAAUUUUCUUAAGGAAGAUGGACCUAAAUUACAAAAGGAACUUAUUCAAAAGGAUGCUAAAAAUCGUCACACAAGUUAUAUAAAUGAACCUUGGUUUGAUAUGUAUUUAAAAGAUCGUAAGCCCUUACCUAUUAAUUACAACCCUUUAUUAAUAUUUAAACUUGAAACUGAUGCACGGUACAAUGAUCAGUUGGUAAAAUCCACUAAUCUUGUUAUAUCUUCAUUAAGAUUUAUGAAAUCUUUAAGAAGUGAAAUUUUAGAACCAGAAGUAUAUCAUUUAAAUCCUACAAAAUCAGAUACUAAACUCUUUAGGAAAGUCACAGGAUUACUUCCAUCUAGUAUAAGUUGGUAUGGUGCUUAUCUGUUUAAGGCUUUUCCAUUGGAUAUGUCACAAUAUCCCUAUCUCUUCAAUACAAGUAGAAUACCGCAACUAGGAAAAGAUAAAAUUUAUCAUGAUGCCACAGGACGCCACAUAAUAGUGAUGUCUAAAGGUCAUUUCUAUACACUUGAUGUUUUGGAUGAGAAUAACUAUAUUCGACAACCUUGUGAAAUAGCUGCUUCUUUAAAAUCAAUUUUGGAAGAUAACAGACCACUCAAUGAAUAUCCUAUUUCCAUUUUAACAACAUUAGAACGCAAUAAAUGGGCAUCUGUAAGAUUACAUUUAAUGAAUAUAGGAAAUGAAAAUAUUUUACAAAAAAUAGAUUCAGCUAUAUUUAUUUUGGUAUUGGAUGAUAAUCAUAUUGGUGAAGAUCCCAACAAAUUACAAAAGUCAUACCUUCAUGGUGAUGGAACAAAUCGUUGGUUUGAUAAGUCUUUUUCUUUAAUUGUUACAAAAGAUGGAUAUGCUGGUUUGAAUUUUGAACAUUCUUGGGGAGAUGGAGUAGCAGUUCUUAGAUUUUUCAAUGAUAUAAAAGCAGAUAUGUCACAAAAACCAAGAUUUCAUCCUGAAGAUGUAAAAGAUCUCUCUGGUAGACAUGCCUUAAAAGUUGAAAAACUGGAAUUUGUACUGGAUUCAAAGAUUAAAGACAUUAUUAAUGAAGAACAAAAAAAUUAUGAUAAGUGGAUAAAACAAUUACUUGUUGAUCAUAUCAUAUAUGAAGGAUUUGGAAAAAAUGAAUGUAAAAAAAUAGGAAUUAGUCCAGAUGCAAUAAUGCAGUUGGCGUUUCAAUUAGCAUUAUAUGAACAGGAAGGUCAAAUGGUACCGACCUAUGAAUCUUGCAGUACUGCAGCUUUCAAACAUGGACGCACUGAAACUAUUAGAUCAUGUACAUUGCAAACUAAAGCUGCUUGUAUAGCUUUGACACAGAAGAAAUUGGAUAUUUCUACAGCAGAACUGAAAAAAUUGAUUUUUGAUUGCAGUAAUAUACAUGGUAUACUUAUAAAAGAAGCUGCCAUGGGACAGGCAUUUGAUAGACAUUUAUUUGCCUUAAAAAGCAUAUGUGAGGAAUUAGGCAUACGUAAGCCUGUUAUAUUUGAAGAUCCAUCAUAUAAUACUUUAAACCAUAAUGUAUUGUCUACAUCUACUUUAGCAAGUCCUGCAUUACUUUCCGGCGGUUUUGGACCUGUUGUAAAUGAUGGAUAUGGAAUUGGGUACUGUGUACAAGAUCAUAAGCUGGAAACUAUGGUUAGUAGUUAUCAAGGUAGUCGUAAUGCCAAUAAUUAUGUGAAAAGCUUAGAGAAAGCAUUAAAAACAAUUCACACAGUAUUAAUAAGUAAAUAAUCUGAAAUUCUA